UAGGGCGGCGCAGCUAGUGGAGCGGGCUCUGCUCGGAGCUGUCCGGGGCGGCCGCCGCCAAUCGUGCGCUCGGAGGAGGCAGCGGGCAGCGCCGGGUCCCCUUGUCCCAGCCGCCCCGGAGAGCUCCGUGCUGGGGCUGAGUUACACCACGUCCCCCAAGUGACCCCCCAUCCCCUUUCCCGCAGCUUUAAGGGCUCGUUCCCCGUUGCCCUCGGGGGCUCUGUGCCCCGUGAGCCGGCAUGCUGGCUCUCCUGGCUGGGCUGCUGUUCUCCCUCGCCUCCGGGGCCAGCUGGCGGGGAGUGAGGGGCCAGGAGAGCCCCCCGGGGAGCCGCUUCGUGUGCACCUCCCUGCCGCUGGACGCUGCCCCCUCGGGCUGCCCGCUGCCCCCGGUCCCCAUGCAGGGGGGCGUCCUCCCUUCCGAGGAGGAGCUGAAAGCCACCGUGCUGCAGCUGCGGGAGACCAUCCUGCAGCAGAAAGAGACCAUCGGCAACCAGCGGGAGACCAUCCGGGAGCUGACCGGCAAGCUGAGCCGCUGCGAGAGCUCCCCCGGCCCCGACGGCAAGCCCGGGACUGGAGGGUGGAGGAAAGAGUUGGGCAAAGGCAAAGACACCAUGGGGGACCUGCCCCGGGAUCCCACCCAGGUCAUCGACCAGCUGAGCCGGACCAUGCAGACGCUGAAGGACCGGCUGGAGAACCUGGAGCACCAACUUCGAGCCAAUGUGUCCUAUGCAGCCCUGCCUAAUGAGCUUCGAGAGAUGCUUCAAAGGAGGCUUGGAGAUCUAGAGCGCCAGCUUUUAAGCAAAGUGGCUGAACUUGAGGAUGAGAAAUCCCUGCUUCAUAAUGAAACUUCAGCCCAUCGGCAAAAGACAGAAACAGCCCUGAGUGCAUUGCUAGAAAGAGUUUCUGAAUUAGAAAAAGGAAGCAGUGCAUUUAAAUCACCGGAUGAAUUCAAGGUCAGUCUUCCUCUUCGCACAAAUUAUUUAUAUGGGAAGAUCAAGAAGACUCUGCCAGAGUUGUAUGCCUUCACUGUGUGCUUGUGGCUGAAGUCGAGUGCUUCUCCUGGAAUUGGAACACCAUUCUCCUAUGCUGUCCCUGGGCAGGCUAACGAAAUUGUUCUGAUAGAGUGGGGCAAUAAUCCAAUCGAAUUGCUAAUUAAUGACAAGGUUGCCCAGCUUCCUCUGUUUAUUAGUGAUGGAAAGUGGCAUCAUAUCUGCGUCACAUGGACAACUCGAGAUGGAAUGUGGGAGGCUUUUCAGGAUGGAGAGAAACUUGGCACUGGGGAAAACUUAGCCCCUUGGCACCCAAUUAAACCUGGAGGGGUCCUGAUUUUGGGUCAGGAGCAGGACACAGUUGGAGGAAGAUUUGAUGCAACUCAAGCCUUUGUUGGGGAGAUGAGCCAGUUCAAUAUAUGGGACAGGGUCUUAAAAGCAGAAGAUAUCAUGAAUAUUGCUAACUGCUCUACGAACAUGCCUGGAAACAUCAUACCCUGGGUUGAUAACAAUGUUGAUAUAUUCGGAGGUGCAACUAAAUGGCCCGUGGAGACAUGUGAAGAGCGUUUGCUAGAUUUAUAGCUACACUCAUUUUUUUCUAUUUAAGUGCCCCAUUUUAUUAGGACAAUUUCUUGUAAGGUCUAUCACACUUAUUUCCCCAUCAAAUGAAUUGGGAAAAUCCUGAGUAAACUGCUUGGGUACAAAUAAAGCUGGUAGUUCUGGGCAUGACUCCUGAAGAUGAAAGAGGCGCCUGUUGGCUCAAAUAGCAGUUGUCAUCGUAAGGCGGAUCCAAAGAUACCUAGUGAGUUUAAUAGAUUUUGGAUCUGGUUCUUGCUUGGUACACUAAUUCUUCAGCAAAUGUUCCCUAUCUCGAGUGGCAGAAUUGCUCCUCUCUGAUAACAUGUGAUGCAAACAAAGCACAAAGCUUUUUAAGAGGCAAAACAUACACCUUGGUAUUGAAUUCCCCCCCCCCCC